GGGUGUGAUCAGCGGUGCCAUAACCUCUCAGUAUCUGAUGGAAAAGUCCCGUAUAGUCUUCCAGGCCAGAGAUGAGAGGAACUAUCAUAUCUUCUAUGAGAUGCUGUCAGGUCUUCCCCCCCAGCAGAGGCAGGCCUUCUACCUGCAGGAGGCUGAGACAUAUUAUUACCUGAACCAGGGAGGGGAUUGUGGGAUAGCAGGAAAGAGUGACAGGGAGGACUUCCUCCGUCUACUGGCUGCUAUGGAGAUCCUUCACUUCACCCCUGACGACCAGGCGUCCAUCUUUAGAGUCCUGUCUUCUAUUCUACACCUGGGGAACGUCUACUUCCAAAGAUAUGAGGCGGAUGGCCAGGAGGUGGCGUCUGUGGUCAGUGCUCAGGAGAUCAGAGUCGUAGCUGAGCUGCUCCAGAUCUCCCCUGAGGGACUCCAGAAGGCCAUCACACACAAAGUCACGGAGACCAUGAGGGAGAAGAUCUACACCCCUCUGACGGUAGAGAGUGCUGUAGACGCCAGAGAUGCUGUUGCCAAGAUCCUGUACUCUCUGUUGUUCCACUGGCUGACUGAGAGGAUUAAUGGACAGGUGUAUCCUCGACAUCACGCUCUGUCAAUAUCUGUGCUGGAUAUAUAUGGCUUUGAGGACCUGUCCUUCAACAGCUUUGAGCAGCUGUGUAUUAACUAUGCUAAUGAGUACCUGCAGUUCUUCUUCAAUAGGAUCGUCUUCAGACAGGAGCAGGAGGAGUACAACAGGGAGCAGAUCCCGUGGCAGGACAUCCCGUUCAGCGACAACCAGUCCUGCAUCGACCUCAUCUCCUCUAAGCCCCAUGGGAUACUGAAGAUCCUGGAUGACCAGAGCUGCUUUCCCCAGGCGACAGACCACACCUUCCUCCAGAAGUGUCAUUAUCACCAUGGUAACAACAAGAUCUACCUGAAGCCAAAGAUGCCCCUCCCAGAAUUCACCAUCAAACACUUCGCUGGCCCAGUCACCUACCAGGUUCACAAGUUUCUGGAUAAAAACUACGACCAGGUUGGACAGCAGGUUCUCGAUCUGUUCAGCCACAGCAAGAACAAGAUGGUGGCCAACCUCUUCCUGGUUCAUGCGGAGGUCGUAGGUCAGCAUAGAGGUCAUGUGAGGAAGAGCAGCACGGUGACCCGGAGACACCAGCCCCCCACCGUCUCCACCAAGUUCACCCUGUCACUUCUGGAACUGGUAGACAAGAUGGAGAGGUGCAACCCAUCGUUUAUACGCUGCAUAAAGCCAAACAGACAGAAGGAGCCAGGUGUGUUUGAGACGGAGAUGGUCGGCAGUCAGCUGAGAUAUUCUGGUAUCUUGGAGACCAUCAGGAUCCGGAGAGAGGGUUACCCUGUUAGACUGGCCUUCAACAUCUUCCUGUUCAGGUACAAGUCUCUGGUGGGUGUGAAGCAGCCUCCAGCUCCUGAUGGGGAGAACUGUGUCAUCAUGCUCAGCAAACUGGUUCCCCUCCGACCCGGGGCCUACCAAGUAGGAGUGACUAAGCUGUUUCUGAAGGAGGACGUGUACCAGUUGUUGGAGUCUAAGAGAGAGCGUGUCCGUCAGGUGGCGGCCCUCACCCUGCAGAGAUACACACGCAUGUUCUUUGUCAGGAAACGAUACAAGGAGUUCAGAACCAAGAUCAUCAGACUACAGGCCUACUGUAGAGGCUUCCUCACCAGGAAGCACUAUUUGAAGAUGAGAAAGAGUCUGGUCAAGUUUCGUUCUCUCAUCCACAUGUACGUCACCCGCAAGAGAUACAUCAAGAUGAAGCUGGAGGCCCGCAGGAAAGCAGAGGAGGAGAGGAGGAGGAGAGAGGAGGAGCUGACGAAGAGAGAGGUGGUUAACGUCACACACCUGGUGAUCCCUGCCGAGCUUGGCUCUUUACUGCAGGCUGCAUCAGGUGGCAGAGAGCUCCAUUCUGAGUGUCUAGCUCUGGUCCAGGCACCACACAUCCAGGAGCAGAACCAGCUGACUCUGCCUCUGGACAUCAACGACUACCCCUUCAGCCGCUACGCACAACUCUACUUCAGGGAGCCAAUGUUUGGGAUGCUAAUGGUUCCUUUGGAGAGGACCCUGACAUGUACAGAUGAGGACCUCCGACAGGAAUCUCUGGAGCUGUUCGUUAUGAUCCUGAGGUUCAUGGGCGACCCCCACCUGAAUGGGGCUCAGGAGAACCUGUUUGGGAACUACAUCAUCCAGAGAGGACUGGCCAAUCAGGGCCUGCGAGACGAGAUCCUGGCUCAGCUGGCCAACCAGGUGUGGCGGAACCCUAACCAUGACAACGCAGAGAGAGGCUGGCUGCUGCUGCUGGGGUGUGUCUGCUGCUUCCCCCCUCCGUUUGUGUCUGACCACGCCCCUGCUGGAUGCCGGGCGCUGCUGCAGCACCGGCUGAUCCAGGCCAAUCAGAAGUCCCGGCUAUUAUCAGGCUCCGCCCCUGAGACAGCACGCACCUAUCCACUGUCUCUGUUGGAGUGGACAGCCAAUAGGAAGAGGGCUAACAUGGUGCUGCAGGUGUCCUGCUUCGACGGAGAAUCGUUCCUGUGUCCUGUCCAAUCCUGGACCAGUGGAGAAGAUCUGGCGGGAGACAUCCUGCGACACAGGGGAGUGUGUGAGGCGUGGAGGGGGUUUUCUAUACUGAUGAAGGAGCAUGGGCAGUGGGCGGAGCUAGCCGGUCAUGAUUACGUCAUGGAUCUGAUCUCAGACUUGGAGCUGCCGUCCGAUUUCCCCAAACAGAAGAGUUACUUCAUCAUCUCAGCUGAGGAUCCUAAUAGGGUUCGAACCAACGCCAGCCUGACUCUGUUUGGCAGUGGUUUUGACAGUGAUGAAGAGCUGCCCCCGCCCUUCAUCAGCGCCACCCAACCUGCGUACAGCCUACCAGGCUCUGACGGAUACUCCAGCCACGUGGAGUCUGAUGUGUUCAGCGAUGGUCAGACUCAGAGAGGGGUGGAUCGCUACCUGGACAGCCUCUUCAACCCUGUGUUAUCAGAUGGCGGCACGGACCUGGACAAGCCAGCCAGUAUGACAGGCCGGAUGAAGGGAGGAGGAGGAAUAGGAGGAGGAGAGGAGGAGAGGGGUCAGGCCCCCUCCAGCAGACCAUAUCCCCCAGGACUACAGCCCGGAGGUUCUCCAGAACAGACAGGGAUGGCUCAGCAGCAACAGACCAUCAUCAACCAGCAAGCCAUCAUACUGGCCCAGCAGAUGACCAUGCAGGCCAUGGCUUUCCAGCAGCAGAUGUUGUCUUCCUUCCCCAUCGCCCCCCAGGCCCCUCCCACACAACCACCACCCCGCACCUCCAGCCAUACUGAAGAAGCUCCAGAGAGCCCUUACCAGGCCAGCCUGAACCCCGCCCAGCACCACCCUUCCUCCAGGAAACACACUGCGACACGAGUGGCCCCUUCUGAUGACUUGGUGCGGUCCAGGGCCCCCCCUCCUGAUGACUUGGUGCGGUCCAGGGCCCCCCCUCCAGAAGGAGGGGUCCAGUCCGAUGCGUCUAACUCAGAAAGCCCCUCCCACAACAUCAAGGACAUGAUCAGACAGUACCAACACCCAUCUAACCCUGCACACAGCCAGCCUGCACACACACACAGGAGGGGGGAGGGGAAGAUGUUUACAAAGAAGCCGGACCCUCAUGAUGAAGCCAUGUAUAUCCUGAAAGACCAGAUGGCCAACCCACCACCACAGAAGUCUUUCUCUCCGGCGGCGCCUCGGGAACCAAAGGAGGAGGGUGGAUCCAAAGUCACCAAGGCAACAAAACCCCGCCCACCUGCCCUAGCCGACUCCCACAGCAGCCCCCUCCCCCCACCAGUGUCCAGAGAGUUGCCUGUAGAGGAAGAGACCAGCCAGACCCAGCUACACCACAGGAGCAGUGAAGAACACUACACUUACACUAACACACCCUGGAAGAUUUACCUGAGGAAGGAGGUGUUCUACCCUAAAGACAACUUCAACACUCCUCUGUUGCUGGAGCUGCUGUUCAGACAGAUAGUCCACGACACCUUCUCAGAGGCCUGCCUCCGCAUCACUCAGGAGGAGAGGACCAAGAUGAAGGCUCUGUUUGUGGAGCACCAGGUGGGUCAGGAUGGAGCCACACAGGAUGAGAGUGUGAAGAAGAAGAUCGUGACGAUGGCCAGAGACUCCUGGGAAAUAUAUUUCUCACGACUGUUCCCUGCCUCGGGCAGUGUGGGUACUGGGGUGCAGGUGGUCUCUGUGUCUCAUCGAGGCAUCAAGCUGCUGAAGAUGGUGAGAAGCAGCGCUGUUGUCCCAGACUACUUCAGAGUGCUACACCCUUACAGUUACGCAGACAUCCUGUUUGUGUCCAUUCCAUCUAAGAACAUGUUGGAGUUUAACCUGACCAAUGAGAAGCUGAUUCUGUUCUCCGCCAAGGCUCCACAGGUUAAACACAUGGUGGACUACUUCAUCACAGAACUGAAGAAGGACUCUGAGUAUGUGGUCGCAGUGAGGAACUACAUCACAGAGGACAGAACUCUGCUCAGCUUCCACAAGGGAGACAUCAUCAGAUUACACAGCGUGGAGGGGCUGGAGGAGGGCUGGCGGUACGGGGCGGUGUACGGACGGUGGGGUGUGUUUCCAGGUGAGUGUGUUCAGCCGGUGGCCGCUCCAGACUUCCUGAUUCUCCCUGCUGAGAGGGCGGAGCCUCGUGACAGACACGGCCGUGUUGCCGCCUCCGCUGCAAUCGCCGUGGCGAUGGGCUCUACUGUCGCCGCCCAUGAACUGGACCUCAACACAGAGGCUGUGGUAGGGUAUGGUGAGGACAGCAGCAGUCUCCAUCUAGAGGGGCUUCCUCUACAGGCCAGUCAGUACACCAUGGAGGAGUUCUCCAGGAAGUACUACAGACGGGCUCAGAGACACAGGGACCAGCUGAAGACCAGGAAGGGGAAGGAGAGCAGAGAACCAGCUGACAUGGUUACAUACUCUAAGUCCCCUCUCCAGGAGUCUCUGAUAGACUUCACAGACAGCAACAUGAACAAGGUGGCAGCUGACAUCUCCCUGGCUGUGAUGAAGUUCAUGGGAGACUACCCUCUGAAGGGACAGACAGAACAGGACCUGGUCUCAACGAUCCUAAAGCUCAGUGGGGAGUAUGUUCUGAUGAAAGAUGAAGCCUACUGCCAGGUGAUGAAACAGGUCACAGGAAACACCAGCUCCAAAACGGACAGUUGUCAGAGAGGCUGGAGGCUACUCUACAUCCUGACUGCGUUCCAUCGCUGUUCUGAGGUCCUGAAGCCCUUCCUUUUAACGUUCCUGCUGGACGCCUGCUCUGGUCCUGGAGUCCACUACCAAGGUAUAGCCAAGGCGUGUGAGCAGAACCUGAGGAGGACCUUCCAGUACGGAGGAAGAAUCGAAACCCCCAACAGCAUGGAGCUGAAGGCCAUGCUGGCUGGGCGGAGCUCCAAGAGACAGUUGUUCCUCCCAGGCGGCAUCGAGAGACACCUCAAAAUCAAGACCUGCUCAGUGUCUCUGGAUGCUAUAGAGGAGCUAUGUAAUGACAUGGGACUGCACAGACUGGAGGCCAUGGAUGAGUACGCUGUAUUUGUGGUCACACACCGAGGUCAGAAUGUCCGUCCCCUCAAUAAGAGGGAGUACAUCCUGGACAUUACUACAGAGGCGGAGACAGUGGACAGUAACUACAGCCUGUGGUUCAGGAGGGUCAUCUGGACACAGCCGCUUAAAUUUGACAACGAGCUCUGUGUCACCAUGCAUUAUAACCAGGUGUUACCAGACUAUCUGAAGGCCUUGCUGAGUGUGGUUCCUCAGAGUAAAGCCAGUGAGCAGCAGCUGCAGCAGUUGGCCAAGCUGGCAGCAUUACAACACCGUGCUAAAGAUACCGUCUUCCUGCCCACCAUUGGUGAGGUCCAGGAGUAUGUCCCCUCCCAGCUCUACAUCAGACAGCCUCCUCAGCCCUGGCUCAACAUGGUCACUCAGCAUAUGCAGCAGGUCUCUCCUCUGAGUCCUCACCAGGCCAGGGCUCAGUUCCUCGGUCUGGUCAGUGCGUUCCCCAUGUUUGGUUCCUCCUUCUUCUACAUCCAGUCCAGCAGCAACAUCUCCAUCCUGGCUCCCUGUGUGUUGGCUGUCAACCAGAACGGACUGCACUUCCUACACAAGGACUCACAUGAGGCCACGGCGCGUUACCCUCUGAAUGAGAUCCAGUCCACCAGAACCCAGAGACCAACAGGAGGCUCCAGCUCCUCCUAUCCCUACGUAGACAUUCUGCUGGGAGACCUGCUGACACAGCGAAUCACACAGCUGCAGCUGGAACAGGGUCUGGAGCUGUGUCGGGUCAUUGCCAUGCACAUGGAGAACAUGCUGUCAGUCCGGGAGAAGAGACUCACCCUGCCACCGAGUGAGAUCACUCUGUUAUAACACACUGUCUGUCUGUCUGUCAGUCAGUCUGUCAGUCCGGGAGAAGAGACUCACCCUGCCACCGAGUGAGAUCACUCUGUUAUAACACACUGUCUGUCUGUCUGUCUGUCAGUCAGUCAGUCAGUCAGUCAGUCAACCAGCUACUCAGUCAGUCAGUCAGUCUGUCAGUCAGUCUGUAGUUAGUGGUAGAUGGUGUUAGUUAGUAGUAGAUGGUGGUAGAUAGUGAUACUUGGUGGUAGAUAGUGGUAGAUGGUGGUAGAUGUGGUACUUGGUGGUAGAUAUUGGUAGUUGGUGGCAGAUGGUGUUAUAUGGUGAUAGAUAGUGGUAGUUAGUGGUAGUUGGUGGUAGAUGGUGGUGGUUAGUGGUAGAUGGUGGUGGUUAGUGGUAGAUGGUGGUAGAAGGUGGU